UGACGUCGUCUGAUUCGAACGUUUUCGUGUUUCCGGUGCAGAAUUUCAACGCCGUUCGCAACGCGUAUUCGGAAAAAUCGGAAAACCGCCGCCCAGAUAACGAUUCAGUACCCCGGGCCUUGUGGUGUGGCAUAUGUUGUGAGAAAAUUCGCGCUUUCUGGUUCCGACAGUGGCUGUGGCUUGAAGAGUCUUCGCCGGAGACUGGUGUUUGGCGGCUGGUGGAAUAGAUACCGCGGAACUGUCAUCUAUCGAGUUUAACCUAGCAUCCCAAGAGAUAAGCUAGGCAAAUAAAUCACAUGCGGAGUUCACCCAUCCCCGGGUAAACGUCCGGACUUAGAGAGAUAUUAAAGACGGUUUCAGGGGAAUAACUUCCUUGCGUGGUGACCGCGAAGAAAUUGCCUUGUAAGAUUGACAGAACUGUCAACGGCAGUGACAGUGGUGGUAGUGAUUGACGACCGGAUAUCGGUCCGUGUCCGAUGAAGUUGAUAUGCAUGCAGGUGAUGAUGAGUCUAAUGACGAUGGACCGGUUCGGUGUACUGGCGGGAAUAGUUCCGUUGUCAACAACGGACAGCUCCAAAGUGUGUUAUUGUUUUUUCCGGUGCGAAUAGAAACGUCAGUUCUAAGUUUUCCCGGUUUCAUGCCUGCUAGAUUUAUUUGUUAUUGUAUUUUCCCGGGCUAUUGAUUUUCGGUUUCAAUAUACCUAUAUGUAUGUUAUCCUGCCGAUUGAUGAUUUAUGAUUUGUCGGUGCACGGGAAAAAAAAGUUCCGAUGAAGCUGAAUAAAAGCUACGAGUUGGGCGAAAGCGAAAAGCAGUAAUCUGAAAAAAUAACCGGAAGAUCUCGACCUGGUGGAAAAUCGACAACAACCACCUCGUCCUACAUUUCGCCCUCCUCAUCCUCCUUCACUACUUUUGCAAGCAUCAAACGAGGAAAAGUGAUUAGUGCUGAUCCGGAAGAGGAAGUUUGAUUUCGAAAAUUUUCAGUUUGUGAAAAGUUUCCGGGUUUUGUUUUUAUUGGUUCUGUUUUUGGCCGUACGUGCGGCAGUGUGAUUUAAGUUUCCUUUCGUUGAGUUGAAAAUUUAAAAAAAAAACACGGAAAGUUUCCGUAGAAGAAAAAUUAGUGUGCAGCGACGAGAGAGUUUAUGGCUGAGUGAAACUAGUUUGCAGUUGCCUGUAGUGCGAAGAUUCAGUGGGAGCGAAAAAUAGUUGUCGAAAGUUUCCGACCGGCUUUCGGGACCUGCCAGACAUCGCUUUUUCUCGCCUGGUGGAAAUAUCGAACAAAACGCAGUGAUAGAGCAUUGGUGGCAUUAGUGAAUCUAAGUCGAAAACAACACAACAAACAAAAAACAGCAACAACAGUGGUACAACACGACCAGUGCACGUGUGCUCCAGCGAAUCGAAAACAAGUGUCGACACGGUGGCUAAUCCCCGGACAUCCACCGCAGUGGACAGGGUCGAGCGCCGAGUUCGACUUUAAUGUGGGAAAUGUUGGAUCCGACCCUAGAGUGUGGCAACGAAUGCGGCGGCCCGGGACCACCUCCGGAAUUCCGAAUCCCGCCACCGCCGCGGCCCCCGUUCCUGGCGGAGCUGAGCAACUGCAACGAGGACGGACCGAGCGGUCCCUUCACCGACGGGGACAUGUGCGAAGCGAUACCGAUCCUGGAUGCCAGCUACCACAGCAGUCCAUCGUUCCAAACGUCCGCCAUGAUAGUGCUGUGCUCAGUGUUACUACUGUUAGUGAUUUUCAUAUCGUCGUUACUAGUGUGGAAACAUAAACGAAAAGUUCAAAACUUCCUACCCUGCAAAACGCCAACUCGGGGACCACCGCAUCAUCUGGACGCAACAGGUGUCUCGUCGGCACAUUCGGUGACGUACGAGGAUCCGGACGUGCACCUAGGACACCAUCCGCUAGUGAUGCGGCACCACCAUCAUCAUCACCACAACAUGGAGCUCCACCACCCGAAGCAGAUUCAUUACCCGAGCGGUUACCCGAUGCCCCGGUCGCCGCCAUUGUUUAUCUGCUCCUCACCGGGUCCGGACCCAUACCGUUCGCAUGACAACGUGUACGAGGAACUGGAACAUCCCCGGGACACGGAUUCGGAGCCACCGGUCCAAUCGGAUGAUGACUUUGCCGAGGACGAACUGAGUCUACCGGGCGAUAGGUCAUUCCACAAAUCAUCCUCCGAUGGGGGCACGACUGUGGCCACAAUCUAUCACGACCGUAGCGCCAGCAGCAAUGCAGGAACCAGCAGUGGCAACAACACCGACCAGUACAUGGAACGGAACCGAACCGAGCGCAACUCACUGCUUUCGUCGUCGUCAUCAAAUGACAAUAACCCGAGACAAACCGGUGCUGCCGGUUGUAGCAGUAGCGUCGGAGGUAGCGCCAGUGGCAACAACAGCAACAACAACAACAACAACAACAACAAUAGAAAUUCCAACUCUAGCACGGAUUGUGCGAGCAGUGCGAGUGGGAACAAUUCCAACAAUAGUAAUAACAACACCAGCAACAACAAUCACACUAGCUGUAACAAUGGAAACAAUAACAAUUGCACAGGGAGCACGGGUCUGUUUCGUUCUAGAAAACAGCCAUCGACACUCGGAAGUGGUAGAGGUAAUAAACACUUCACCAAUCCCCUUUCGUCAGCCGAAUCUCCGAGUGAAAUGAGGCUAAUGCCGACGGCAUAUGAUGAAAGAGCGAUGAUGACGCUCCCUCCGUCCUAUCAAGCAACGGCCGUCACCGGGGCAGGAGCCCCUAACAACUUGAAUAGCAUCAACAAUAAUAGUUUUCUGAAUAGCAAUAGUCUAAAUAACAACGGUAGUCGUAGCAAUUACUACAGCACAAUAGACGAUGAAUGCGAUCCCGUUGAACGACGGAACCGAAUCAACGCACAGCUAUCUGCAUCGGCUGCGACAAUCCACAAUGGAGUCCCAGGCGUGUCCACCAUUUUCCGCAAUGGAAGGCCACCCUACGGUGCUAGCAACAACAAUCAGAACCAUCACAAUCACCACACAUCAAGUGGCAACAGUCGAUCACGAACGAAUCCCCGCUCGUUGGAUCGUCGAAGGUAUAUCAACAAUAAUAACAACAACAGCAACCUGGCAGUGAUAUCCACGCAGGACCCGUCGCAGUACAUCUACCACGAGCCGGUUUUCCACGAGGGUCUCAUCUAUGACGCCUGUCUUUCCUACAGUGACCGAAGUAGUGGCGGAAGUGCCGGUCCACCCUAUCCGUACGUGUUUACCACCUUCCGGCACCAGGGUGUUCCGGCCCAUCAAGCCAUUUACUCCCGGGACAGCAGCUUCGGAUCGGACUCAGGUUAUAGUCAGCAUACGCAAGCUUCGAAUCGUAGCACCGGAUGGAACAGGAAUCGUCUAACACCUCAGCAGCAGACUCUGCCAUCGUUGCAGCAGCAGCAGCAGCACCAGCAGCUGCAACAGCAACAGCCAAAGUGUGAACCCCAGCCGGCGGUGGCGGAUUCUUGAGAAAAAGUUUCCCUACCGGCGGCGACGCUCGUCUCGCAGCUCGUAUAUGGCAAGAUUUUAAUCUAAAGCUGCUACUAUUGGGACCGGGACUCAAGUAAAAACUCCCGGAAAUGCGGUCGUAAACGUGUAGGAUAUAAGACAAAAGAAAUGUGAUUUUAAUUUUAAAGAAACUUUAAACGACCCCGUUCGGACUUAUUUAAACCACUGAAUAAUUGUUGUUUACGGCCUGUCUGUCCCCCGUUGCGAUCUUUGUUCUUUUCAAAUGUGUAGGCUACAAAAAAAAAUGUUCAUUUUCCAGCUAAGCCCCAGAGAAAGACUGUUUAACCUAGGAUAAGUUCUACUCUACUGCAACUUUCCAUCCUACCAUAAUGAUAAACAGAGCCCCUCCUCGAGUCUUUGAGCUAUCAAAUAGUGUUUAAGAUAACUCUUGUACGUACAUCGGAGCAAAACCUCCAUUCUGUAACAGUCACGCAAAUCCUUUCCGGAAAUACAGUAACUAAUAUAAUCAAGAGCAGAUGAACAAAUUUGAUUAUCGCAAACAAUCGAACCUAGUACUUAACAAGAUGAAAUCGAAAGGUUAUUAAGAGCACACAUAUGAAUCCUAAUUCGAAGAGUUAUUCUAGAUGAUGAGAAGCAAACCCCCUGUUCAAAGCAAAUACUGAACGUACUCUAGUGGUUGUAACUUAAAUAUAAUUGAAGUAAAAAAAAAAGAUACAAAAAAGCCAACACUGUAAAGGAGCCAAGAGCUAAGCAGCAUUCUAGUAGAUAUCUAUCCGUAUGAAAGCGUCAAAUCCGUUCCAGUUUGACAGUUUCUCCGCACUAUCCAACAACACACCAACUCACACGUGUGUUUCCGACUGCUUCGCCAGUAGGCCGCGUUUCGCACGGCCGCUCACGUACCUCCUAAAUAUAAACUUGGUGGCCAUUUUUCGGAACCUUCCUCAUUUAAUUAUAGGGUUAGCACUCGCAUCUCUGUGUAUUUCUUUCACGUUUUUGUUUACGAUCUGUGGUCAUCAUCCUACAUCUGCUGCCGCUGCUGGUUUGUUGAUGAACGCUGAGUUCCAUCAAGUUCGUUUCGGCAAACUGGCUUCUUGUAUGUCAGUGAAGUAUGUCUGUGAGUGUAGUAAGUAUUUUUUCAUUACCCAUUUUAUUACGCCUUUUUUUUGUUUGCAUCGCCAAAGCGGGGCAGUGAAACGAGCAGAGCUGAAAAACAUAAAAACUAAACAGAGCAAUUAUCUCGGCCACGCCUCCCACCCCGCCGUACGUGCGUUUUCUGAGUGUUGUUCAGUUUACUGUUCGCUCGGUGCGGAGGACAAAUCAAGCAACCCUGCUGCCAACUGCGAAACGAGCUUGUGUACGUGAAACUGUCAAACGGCCAUGCUACCACUUGGAUAUUGCUUUUUUUCUCACUGGAGCUGAAACUUGCGACAGCUCCGAUUGUAAAUAGAUUGAAGUGUAUAUUUUGUUUGUACAUAUGUCCAGCACACUGUAAAAAGUAUCGUAAACGUCAAAAGGUAGCAAUUCCGUCAAUUUCUAACAAUCAAACAAAUAUCGACCUACGUAGCAAAUUUGAAUCCGAACGACAAUUCUUCUAGUAAAAAUCCAUCAUCCUAUCACCUGUACCUGUCCUUCUUCAAGUAAACGUGUUUCAGAUCUAGUGUUAUGCGAGGCGAACAGAGUCGGUAGUUCCGAAAAGAAAUCAUUUUAAAUAGGUUUAAACACCUUACUAAAAAAAAGUAAAUAAUCAUAUCAUACUGCAAAUAGUAGGCCGUUUUGAAAAACUCGUAGAAACACGGAGUCUCCCAUUGUAAAUAGCGCCACGAAGCUUUGUACAUACAAAAAAAAACUCUUCUAAGUACAAUAAUCUGUAAUCAACCGAUUUACGUAGUAGGAUCUAUAGAAAAAGGUAACUCUUAAUAAACAACCAACAAAUAUCAAAGUAGGAUAACAAAUGGCAAAUGAAGAGUAUCAUUUUCAACAUAUACUAGUCGGUUUUCCAAUUUCACUCUCGGCUGAAUUUUGAGUUAGUUCCAUUUAAACUGCCCAGGUUUAACAUUGACGUUGCUUUUUAAUAAUCCCAUGGUUGUUUCCAUUUUCGAUUUAAUUAAUGCAAUCAAGUCCGUAAUGAAAAAUAAUUCCCUCUCCCUCUCCCAGCAGGGUUUGCGUUUUUGCAGGUGAACCCGUAAUCUAUCCGAAAUCGAUGUAAUUUCCGUAACCCGUCUUGUUAAAAUUGUUUUAAUUGUAAACGGCACACGGCUCCGGGGCAUCCACGUCGAACAAUGAAUAAUUUAAUUAAAUUUGUGUACAUUAUUAACAUUAUUGACGAAAAGUUUGAAAACAAUAAAAAGCAGAAAGAAUAAAAAUAUCGAACAG